AUGAACGGAGACGCCCUGGCCCUGGUCCAGAAAGUCUACAAGGAAUCUGUUCAAGCCGAUGUCGCGGAUGGCAAGAUUGAGAACAACGAGGACGAUGGAAAAUGGCUCCAGCACUUCGAUGGCCAGUUCCAAGAGCUGCCAGCUCACUUCCAGGGCCGUCUGGCUGAGUAUUUCACCAACCAGGCCAAUCUACAUGCCACCUUGGAUGUCUUGAGCCUGGAAGAUGGGACUGGUCUGGACGCCCACGACACCAAUGGCAAUCGCGGCCAGGGCAGCACGUCUGCCAGCUUCGACCUCAUCGGCUCGAUCAGCUCCAGGGUCGAGUUAGCCGUCGAGGUGGGCAAGUAUCUCCGACCCAAGGACAUCCUCAACCUGUACAGCGUCAGCCGGGACUUCCACGACGCCAUCAACGGGUUCCUGACGAGCAGCAUGCGCGCCUGGGCCGAGGUCAUGGCACCCACCAGCGCCAAGGCGUUCCCCUUCGAGAUCUACAAGGGCACCUGCGUCCUCGACCCGGCCGGCCGACUGGAGAACCCGGACGUGUACCACUCCCACGGCAGCCUGCCGGGAGAGACGGAGGAGCACGUCGUCACCAAGGGUGAAUACACGACGAACGUCAUCUUCACAGACAACAUGCCGGGACGGGUCCGAUAUGUCCCCUCCCUGGUUUGGCUUCAAAUGGUCGUGGCCCGCGAGAAACGCGUGCGUGAUAUCCUCGCUGCGCUGGCCCGAGGCGGGCACCGCGUCCCCCCUGAGACGCACAUAGUCCUCAAGAAGCUAUGGCUGCUCAUGGACAUGCCAUCCAACUUCCAGCGCCAGGUACUCAUGAAGAACGAGAAAGUGUUCACCGACGAGGACAUCUACGUCGCGCAGCUCUUCUUCGUCAAGCUCUACCUGCGCCUCAACGACCCCAUCUUCGGCCCCGGAGCCGGCAUGCUGAUGCGUCCCCUACUGGGCCAGCGCACGGGUCUCACCCCGCUGUGGCGCUUCCUCCGCGGCAAGGCCUUCACCAGCCUGCGCGAGGUGGUGCAGCUGCAGGUGCUCUACAACAUGCCCCUGACCACGGACCAGGCCGAGACGGGCCUCCCCGUCUUCGGCGUGCCCGUCGAGAGCGUCGGUAUCGGCCACCUCGAGGGCUGGGGCCGCGGGGCCAAGCACCUCCUGCGGCCCGACGAGCUCGUCAUCGCCGAGUCGACGCGCCGCCAGUUGGAGCUGCCCACCCACCUUGAGGCCAUGGUUGCCUACGGGCGCGUCGACCUGUCCACGGGCUCGGACCUCGGCCCCACGCUGGACGAGAUGUACAUGAGCGACGACGACCUCGACGAGGCGGCGCCCGACGGCGAGCGCGGCAUCCACGGCGGGUGCGGCAACGUGCCCUUCCGCUACCGCGAGUGGACGCCCAAGCUGGCCCGCAAGAUGCGCUGGGACGCCCUGGCCGCCGCCGAGCGCGACGCCAUCCUCGACGACGACCGCGACGAGAUC